AUGUCAAGACAGGAUCCGUUUGAAUUGGUUUCCCUCGUGGUUGCAUCGGAUCAUCCUGUUGAACCUCCGCUACGACCAUCUGCUCUUAAGCCAUUGCAACCCCAUCUAGAUAACUCCUUGGUUCGCACUUUAGGCUCGGCAUCUGCCAUGUUUGGCACUCUUACUAGUAAAUCUGGUUCAACUACUAAUCCUCCUGCUAGUAUGAGUGGACCGGACACUUCCCAUUCAAAACCUCAAGAGUUGGAACCGUCUGGAAAGCAUCUUAUUUUCAAUGUUGCUGAACUGUGUGGCAACGAUCUUUAUAUUGGAUCAUUCGACGGAAUUUUACAGCAUUACAUUAUAGACCCAAUCAAGAAUUCAUUUGAUUCUCCAUUGGAUACGCUUUUCCCUACUUCCCAUGCAAACAUUCCUACACUUAGAGGUGUAUUAGCAUUUUGCAUCGAUAGGAUUGCUCAAAGCCCACUUUCACUCAUAGUUGCUAAAAAACGGUCUAUCUGCAGCUAUUUGUUAGAUGAUCGACUGACUUUUCAAAAGGAUGUUCCCGUAUUGAACGGAGCUCAAUUUCUAACUCAAAACGGUCAAGUGAUUUGUGCUGCUGAUGCACUCACGUAUAAGCUUAUUAAUUUGGAUACUGGAGGCUGCAUUCCAUUGUUUCCAUAUGAAAAGUUGCAAAUGUCACCAGUUGCUGUAAUGAUUGGAGACGGUGAAUUCUUGCUUGUUACUGCAUCUGCACAAGGUGUUGGUCUGGGAGUCUUUAUAUCUUCAACUGGUGAACCCAUUCGAGUGUUUUUAUAUCCACACGUAUUUACGCUUCUUCGAAAUAAUAUGCUUCAAAUUCAUAAUUUUACCACACAGGAUCUAGUACAAUCCAUUACUUUUCCCAGUGAUACACCAGCGAAAUCUAUAUCUGCUGCACAAUAUCCGCUUGAAGUUAAAGUGGCUGGGUUUUUUGAAAAUAAUGCUGUAUCUACAGCAGAAACAUCUGACAGUUUACCCACAACAUCCGCUGGAACAGUUCAAGUCAUCAUUAGUUUUUGUAACGAGAUCCUUGGAUUGCUAAUGAUUCCUUGGGAAAUUCAAGUAGAACAGCAUUUUGAUGCUGGGAGUAUUCACCAGGCUGUUAUACUAGCGGAUCAAAUACUAGGACAGGACCAAGAUACUCCUGCCAAAAGGACCAAGUUGUCACGCAUUUACAUACGAGCAGGAAUCAUGUUUGUUCGGGAUGCUAAUUUUUCAUCUGCUCUGGACUGUUUUAAUCGAGGUCGAAUUAAUCCGCGCGCGCUAAUUUAUCUUUACCCUGAUAUUCGGCCAUCGACCUAUACAAUAAUCCCUGAAGGCUACGCUCGGAAAUGGAUGGUAGAAAAUGAAACAAUAGAUCAAAUAGUUGAUAGAGCUGUAUCCAAACAAUAUUCCAAUAUCGAUGAACCAGGCGCAUCAUCUUUGAAAACUGCACUCACUUUGGAGGCUCAGGAUAUGCUUAUGUCGUACUUGUCAAAUAUUCGCACAUCAAAACUAUCCAAAACUGAAAUCAAAACUGAUAUUGAUUCAACAUUAUUGAAGCUAUAUGCUGAGCAUAAUACGUCUGCCAUGUAUGAUCUCCUUGCUGGCCCAAACUACUGUGAUAUUGCUCAAUGCGAAGCGUAUCUUGCAUCCAAAAAUCGAUACUUUGCACAAAGUUUGAUGUUUAAAGCACAGGAACAAUAUACACAAUGCCUUGAUUUGUGGAUCAGAAUUUCUUCUGGCGAGGUGAUGGAUCCAGAUUUUAUUGGCAUACCACUAAUUGUAGAGCUACUUGUUGAAUUGAAUGACACAAAUUUGAUAUGGCGGUAUGCAGAAUGGGUUCUUCGACGAGACCCUGUUCGUGGUGUAAAGAUUUUUAUUGAUCGCAAAGACGAAUUGUUUAAAGUCGAGACAGUGUUGGAGUUUUUGGAGUCGCACGCGACUCGUGCACUGAAGCUAUACAUUGAAGAUUUAGUCAUGAGUCAAUACAAUAAGGAUCCAGCGCUGCAUACCCGACUUGGAAUACUGUAUAUCGAUGAAAUCGCCCAUAUUGCCACAGAUACGCUUGUUUUGUCGCAAGAAACAGAGUUUUUAAAAAGAAAAAACAAAUUGCAAACAUAUAUGGAGUUUAUGCGCUGCCUGUCCGAUCCGUUUGCAGCUGCACGACUCACAUUUGUAGACUUUGUUCAGCAGUCAGAAUUUGCAGAUAUGGCUGUUUUGAAAAAUCAUUUAGACAGCCGACUUCCUAACAUGUUUUUUGAACACGUAUCGCUGCUAAUCAAGUCUGGCGACACAUUUCGUGUUUUGGAUCUGCUUGUGCUAAAAAUGCACGACUACGUAGCAGCCGAGCGAUACUGUUUACAAUCUGGACAAUCUAGAGUUGAUACUAUGAGUAUAUCAAGACCAACGGACUCGGUAUUGCAACCCAAAGCAAUUUCUAUGAUAAGCCAACUUAUUUCAAUAUAUAUCAAAACUUCGACCAAUAGGCAGCAUGAUCAACGCAUUGCUUGUACUGAGGAGGUCGUGAGACUGCUUGCUAUGUACUAUGAAUAUUUGGAUGCAGUGCAACUACUUACAGAGAUGCCUGAUAGCUGGGGGAUUGCAAUGUUGUCACCCUUUAUCCAAGCUGCGAGCUCACGAAACCUACGUGAACAGCGUAUCAGUUUGAUUUGUAAAGCGCUUUCUUGUGGAGAAAACGUUCAGGUAAAUCAUCAAAAUUUAGUGUUAGAUUUGGUGUUUCCACACUCAUUUAUGAGUGGAUAG